AUGAUUAUUUUAACGAAAGUAACCCCAUCGAUCAGCGUGUUCUCCCGCUCCCAGACGCCCACGGCCGCCCUCAGACACGCGUCCGGGCGGAGAAAGGCGUGGGCGGCCCGCGGCGUCGACCUUGGCAGUGCACGGAGGGCCAUGGGCGUCCUUUUCGGGUCUGUCGGUUGUGGAUGGCACUCAUUCCUUCGAAGACGCAUUCGCCAUGAACACCAAGGUUCUUAUCCUGCUGGGGCUGAUCGCGGUGGUGGCCGCCGACAAGCUGCCGACCUACUUCUACAACGAACCACAGGAGUCCCUCGAGAGGACGUGUCCGACGAGGCCGAGCCCCCCAAGUACGACUUCGCGUUCGGCGUGAAGGACGGCUACUCAGGCGCCGACUUCGCCCACCAGGAGGCCCGCGACGAGGACGAGACUCGAGGCUCCUACUACGUCCAGCUCCCCGACGGCCGCCUGCAGAAGGUCACCUACUACGUGGACGGCGACGGCGGCUACGUGGCCGAGGUCAGCUACGAGGGCGAGGCGCAGUACCCCGAGUCGCAGGAGUCCCAGGAGGCGCCCGUGUACGCCCCUCCCAGGCCCUCCUACGGGUACCCUCAGUAGACGAUCGUUUCUGAACCGAACGUGUGUGUGUGUGUGUGUGUGUGUGUGUGUGUGUAUG